AUGCAAGGCGCCCGAUUCAUCGAGUGUGAUGUCGUACUGAGCCGGGAUCUGGUACCUGUGUGCCGUCACGAGCCCGAUAUCGCACAGACUACUGAUGUGCUAUCGACCCGCAUCUCCCGUCAACAGCGACAACAAGAGCAACAGGAGCAGCUGCAGCAAUGCUUCGGGGAAGGCGGGGGCGACAGUGAGGAAGCCGGUGACGGUGACGGCAGAUGUGACGGUGAUGUUGGUCAAGGGGUGCCCAUCUUCCUCGCAUUGGAUUUGACACUCGCAGAGAUUAAGCGGCUUAAAGCGGUCUUCCCACAAGAUGCUGGCACAGCAACAACAGCAGCAGCAACAGCAGCAAGGGGAUCCACGGGAGCAGCAGCUGCGGCAACAGCUGGGGAGCCGUCAGAAGUAGAAGGAGCAGCGGCGACGGCGGCGGUAGUGGGGGCUGCAGCGGAAUGUGUGGUGCCGUGGGCUCCAAGAUCUGGUGAAGACACCGGGAGGGAGGCAAUCGGCGUGGUGGAGGAGUCCGACAUCGUCUACACUGUGACUCCUCCGCCUGACUCGGAGGACCUCCGGGUAGCCUCUUUAGAGGACCUGCUGCAAAUGGCCACAGCCGUCGAGCCUGCCGUGGGUGUGGCGGUCCACAUCCAGGCCGCCUCCUGGCACAACACCGUCCUGGAGCCCCAGCUGAGGGCCCGGAACACCACCUUUGAGGACGAGCUGCUGAGGCUAUUGCAGCAGUACGGCUACGCGACUGGACCGUACGGCAGCGAGGCUUGGCGCCGCCGGCCCUCGUACCUCAUGGCGUUCGAGGCCGGCAGCCUCAAGUACCUCGCACAGCGGACGUCCUCCCCCCUGACGCAAGUGCUGGGCCCCACUAUUCCGGAUACCGGGGAGAGCUGGGAUAGCGCAACUAGCCCUCAGGGCCUGGUCCGUAUCCGGUCCUAUGCCGGAUCGGUGGCCGUGGCCCGGCAGCAGCUGCUGCGGCGGCGGCAGCAGGUGCCAGCGCUGGAGGACGCCGAGACAGUACCAGCGGCAGCGCCAGAGCACCCGGGCUCGGGCCUUGGCAGUGAUCCGGUCCCGGGGCUGAUGGCUUCGGAGCUAUUGCAGGCGAUGCGGCAUGCGGGCCUCCAGGUAUUUGCAUCCGUGUUCAAGCCCGCGCCACGGGAGCAGCUGCUGCCCGGGGCCGAGACGUGGGUGGACGAAAUCUCGCCACUGGUGCUCGGAAGCGGGCUGCCGAGGAUAUGGGGUGCAGCGAAUGGCUCGUUUAAUGCUGCAAGGCUCGGGAACCGCCAACCGCGUUCGGCCAUUGACGGCCUGUUCACCGACUCGCCCCGUGAGCUGUAUCGGCUGCUGGCGGGGCUCAAGUGCAGCAGUGGCAAUAACGUUGGCGAUAACGGACAGGAGGACGAAGCCCGGGUUUGGUAG